AUGUUUGGGUGCGCUAAGGCUUUGCACCCUAGUGAUACAGGUCUGCUUGUGCACACGUCCGAGUCUCCACCAUUUAUGAUCAUAGAAAUCACACUUCACAUUGUGCAUUUUGACCUCCUCCCAAGCAGCAAGCCACAUUUCCCAGGAGCCAAGAUGACAAGGAGAAAUAGCCGAUACGGGACAGGCAGGCAGCAGGGUGUGCCCGCAGCUGACCCUCCCACACGCGUUCCUGCAAAGGAGAAAGGUCGCAGGGGCCCAUGCAAACCCAGCUGCGACGGUCCCCUGCCUCUGUCCGAAGCAGCAGGUCCUCGCGCAGGAAAUUCCCCGGGGGAGCUGGGUCCUAGGCAGCGCGGGAGCCGAUCCCCGCACGGACGGCGCGGGGGCGGGGCCAGCCCAGGGAAGCUGUGGUCAAAGCCCGUUCCCCGGAACCCGGCUGCCCGCCCCGACCGCGGGCGGAACCCGCCCCCCGCGGUCAACCUCCGCCCUCCUCGAGGGCUCCCCGCUUUCCUCGAUUUCCUCGGAGGUCGCGCGGCCGUCGGGCCGCCGGCGGCCCGAGGUCAGUGUAAAGCUCCAGAAUUGUUUGAAUUUGCCAGGCCUACAACUCCAAUUGAUAAGACUGAGUUUCCUAUUGGAACAUCUUUGAAGUAUGAGUGUCGCCCAGGUUAUAGAAAGAAGCUGUUCUCUAUCACAUGCCAGAGUAACUCACUCUGGACAGGGGCUGAAGAUAUGUGUAAACGUAAAUCAUGUCAAACUCCUUCAGAUCCUGUGAAUGGCAUGGUGACGGUCAUCUCCAACACUGAGUUUGGAUCCCAGAUCAAAUAUAGUUGUAAUACAGGGUUCCGGCUUAUUGGCUCCUCCUCAGCUGCGUGCAUACUCUCAGACAAUACUGUUGCUUGGGACAAGGGACCACCUGUUUGUGAGAGAAUUCCUUGUGAGCCACCCCCAGCCAUCGCCAAUGGAGAUUUCGUAAGCACCAACAGAGAAAAUUUUGUAUAUGGAAUGGUGGUGACCUAUCGCUGCCAUCUUGGAGCAAGAGGAAAGGAGAUCUUUGAACUUGUGGGGGCGCCCACCAUAUUCUGCACCAGCAAGGAUAAUGAAGUCGGCGUCUGGAGUGGCCCUGCCCCUCAGUGCAUUCUGCCUAACCAGUGCACGGCUCCGCUCGUUGAAAAUGCAGUCAUGGUAUCUGAAUACAGAAGCGUAUUUUCCUUGAAUGAAAUUGUGGAGUUUACAUGUGAGCCCGGCUUUGUCAUGAGUGGCCCCUCCAGGGUGCAGUGCCAGGCCCAAAACAAAUGGAGGCCAGAGUUACCAAGCUGCUCCUUGGUAUGUCAGCCACCCCCCCAAAUCCUGCAUGGUCAGCACACCCCAAGCAACCAGGACUUCUCCCCCGGGCAGGAAGUGUCCUACAGCUGCGAGCCAGGCUACGACCUCCAGGGGGCUGCCUCUCUGCGCUGCACACCGCAGGGGGACUGGAGCCCCGCAGCGCCCUCAUGUGAAGUGAGAGGAUGUGACGUGUUCCCAGACCAACUCCCCAAUGGUCAUGUGCUGUCUCCGCCUCACCUCCAGCCUGGAGCGAGAGUGUCCUUUACUUGUGAUGAAGGAGAUUACUUGUGAGCCACCCCCAGCCAUCGCCAAUGGAGAUUUCUUGAGCGUCAACCGAGACAGUUUUGUAUAUGGAACGGUGGUGACCUAUCGCUGCCAUCUUGGAGCAAGAGGCACAAAGGUCUUUGAGCUCGUGGGCAAGCCCAACAUCUCCUGCACCAGCAGUGACGGCCGGGUCGGCAUCUGGAGCGGCCCUGCCCCUCAGUGCAUUGUGCCUGCUACGUGCACAGCUCCACUCGUUGAAAACGCAGUCAUGGUAUCUGAACACAGAAGCGUAUUUUCCUUGAAUGAAAUUGUGGAGUUUACGUGUGAGCCUGGCUUCAUCAUGAGCGGCCCCUCCAGGGUGCAGUGCCAGGCCCCAAACAAGUGGGGGCCAGAGUUACCAAGCUGCUCCUUGGUGAGAGGAUGUGAUGUGUUCCCAGACCAACUCCCCAAUGGUCAUGUGCUGUCUCCGCCUCACCUCCAGCCUGGAGCGAGAGUGUCCUUUACUUGUGAUGAAGGGUUCCGAUUAAGAGGCAGCUCUACGAGUCACUGUGUCUUAGAUAACAUGAACAGCCGUUGGAAUAGCAGUGUUCCCUCGUGUGAACAAAUCUUUUGUCCAAAUCCUCCAGCUAUCCUCAAUGGGAUGUACACAGUCACUUCUCUGGGAGAUAUUCCUUAUGGAGAAGAAAUAUCCUACACAUGCAACCCCCACCCAGACAGAGGGAUGACCUUCAGCCUCGUUGGGGAGAGCACCAUCCGUUGCAUAAGUGACAGUGAAGGCAAUGGGGUUUGGAGUGGCCCUGCCCCUGGCUGUGAACUUUCCAUUCCUUCUGCAUGCCCACCUCCACCUAAGAUCCAGAACGGGCGUCACAUUGGAGUACAUGCAGCUUCUUAUCUUCCUGGGAUGAAAUUCUUCUACACUUGUGACCCUGGCUACCUGGUGGAGGGAUCUGACUUCAUAUUCUGUACAGACCGGAGAACUUGGAGCCGACUUGAUCAUUUUUGCACAAAGGUAAAGUGUAACCUCCCGAGUGCAUUUAUGAAUGGAAUCCUGGAGGAGUUCAAAAUGAGACAAGAAUAUCACUAUGGAGAUACCAUAAUUUUGCAGUGUGAGGAUGGGUACACACUGCAUGGCCCUCCCCGGAGCCAGUGCCAAGCGGGUGGCAGAUGGGCCCCGCCUCUGGCAAGCUGCACACCUCGCUCACAUAAUGUUUUCAUAUUUGGCAUUUCCUGUGGUGUGAUCUUCUUUAUUUUAGCCAUAAUUGUUUCCUGUUGGAUAUUUCUAAAGUACAAAAAGGGCAACAAUAAAGAUGAAAAAUCUAAAGAAGUGAAUGUCCACUUAUGUCCCCAAGAAGGUGACUGUGUUCGUCCACAAGCUCAGCUAACAAGCCAGGAAGACAGCAGAGAUGAAAUAUCUAAAGAAGUCAGCGUCCAUUUGUGUCCUCCAGAAAACGAGUAUGUUCAUCCUCCAACUCAGCUAGCAAGCCAGGAGAACAGCAGUGGCCCUCUUCAACGAAGUACUGGAGAGCUGCUGGAAAACACCUCAGGUUCCGUGUUGCUUGGAGAGGCGCCAACUCCUGUCAACAGAGUAAGAUGUGAGAUUCUGGUAUCUCUGAAGUGACUCCACAGAGAUGAAAGCCCACCCCCCGAAGAUGCAAAGCUUUCCCAGUAUCCAGCAGAGCUGCCCCGCUCAGUCUGUGUCACAAACCCUCCCUAAACUCCCUGCCCUCUAGUCAGGGGACAAGACUGCACUUUGGGAAAAAAAAACAAACAAACAAAAAAAAAAA